CCAUCUCCUCCUCCCUUGACCUCAACCGCCAAUUGACAUUGGCAGCUCCGUCAAGAUGUCCAAGCCCACGAGCGUGACGGGCAGUGAGAGCGAGUUCGAGUUCAUCGAGACUCCCAAGGCCACCGCCCCUACCUUUGAGAAGGAGGAGGACUGCGGCGUCCGCACCACCAAGUACCCUGCCAUCAAGAAUGCGCCCCUCCCAGCAGAUGGACCGGGUUCCGACUCUUUCAACAACAAGAUCCUGCUCUCCAUCCUGGGAGGAGUCCCUUUCUGGUUGAUGUGGAAGGUUGGCGGUGGCCUCAAGACCUUCAUCUUCUUCGCCCUCAUCUUUGAUCUGCCCAUCUUGGCAGGAUGGUGGCUCACCAUCUCCGCCAUCUCCCCUCGUAAGACGGACAAGGCCAAGUUGCCUGGCCGUCCCGUUGAGUACUACCUCGACUUUAAGAAGGAGGCCGACCGUCUCAAGUACCAUGGCACCAGCAAGAUCCCCAUGGAGACCUUCCACGAGAUGUACUUUGACGGCGAUGUUGACUUCAAGGGCGACUGCCUCGAGGUCAUGGAGUACCGUCACGACUGGGCCAGCUUCCGUUUCACCGUCAGCCUCAUCAAGUACUUUUUGACGGGCAUGAUUCCUGAGCUCAUCAUGCACACUCGCUCUCAAGAUGAGGAACAGGUCCGAGACCACUAUGACCGCGGCGAUGACUUUUACGGCUGGUUCCUCGGCCCUCGCAUGAUCUACACCUCUGGUAUCAUCUCUGACAUCAACUCUGAGGAGACCCUGGAACAGCUCCAGGACAACAAGUUGACUGUUGUCUGCGAGAAGAUUGAGCUCAAGAAGGACGAGCGACUGCUGGAUAUUGGCUGCGGCUGGGGCACCCUCGCCCGAUUCGCUAGUGAGAACUAUGGUGCCAAGGUUACCGGUAUCACUCUUGGUCGCAACCAGACUGCCUGGGGCAACAGCGCUAUGCGCAAGGUUGGCAUUCCCGAGGAGCAGAGCAAGAUUCUGUGCAUGGACUACCGUGACAUUCCCGUUCCCGAGGGCCGCUACAACAAGAUCACCUGUCUUGAGAUGGCUGAGCACGUCGGUGUCCGUCACUUCUCGACCUUCCUCACCCAGGUUUACAACAUGCUUGACGACGAUGGUGUUUUCUUCCUCCAGAUUGCUGGUCUUCGCAAGGCUUGGCAGUAUGAGGAUCUCAUCUGGGGUCUCUUCAUGAACAAAUAUGUUUUCCCUGGUGCUGAUGCUUCCACUCCUCUCGGCUGGGUCAUUGACAAGCUGGAGGGCGCUGGCUUCGAGGUCAAGGGUGUUGACACCAUUGGCGUUCACUACUCUUCUACUCUCUGGAAGUGGUACCGCAACUGGAUGGGCAACCGUGACAAGGUUGAGGCUAAGUACGGCAAGCGAUGGUUCCGCAUCUGGGAGUACUUCUUGGCCUACUCCACCAUUGCUGCUCGACAGGGUACCGCUACCUGCUUCCAGAUUGUGCUGGUGAAGAACAUCAACUCCACUCACCGAGUGGAGGGUAUCCCCAGCCAGUUCGCCCUGUCUGGAGCCUAUGACAACUCCGAGGCCGACAUCAAGUCUUGGGCCACCAAGAACAACGUCACCUCCUCCACCGCCUACCUCUCGUAGACGGGAGUCAUGUGGCAUGUCUCUAUAUAGACUGAAUUUUCAACCGCUUGCUAUCUCUUUUGGACAGACGCAUUGAAAUUUCGUCGUCGGGCAAUGUCAAGGGUAUCUUGCAGCCACCUUUCACUUCGUUUCAGUAUGGAGAAACGGGUUGAAGUGAAGAAAUGGUUGCUCGUAGUGUGGAUUAGUUGAGGUGGCACGGGCAGUUGUUUUAAUGACAGUCACGACAUCACCUUUUAUUUUCUGAUUGGUAUGAGGCAAACGGAUAUGAUACUAGGCAAGGCUAGGUUAAUGAAGGGUAUUAAAAAUUGCAAGCUCCCAUCUCGCGAUGGUGUGCACGAGUGCUGCAGGAUUAGUUAGGAAUAGAUUGAUUCUAUAAAAAAGGACUUUGUCUAG